AUGGCUCACUUUGAGAACCGCGACCAGAGUCAAUGCUCUCUUGGAGUAAGUAGAAGGAGACCUUCCCGCUGGGGCGCGCAAAUCCAAGCCCUCCCACCCAUCGGCCUCGAGACAGCUAUCACCGCGUCCAUGACUAGCGAGCAAAUCGACGCCUACGCCCUGCAUGUCUGCGUCGCCUGGACCGCAGUACGAUGCCUCGGGCCGGGACAUCAACACCCGCGAGCGGCGGUGUCGUGA